AUGUAUGAAUGUCGAACGUUGAUUCACACAGAUACGGGUCUAUUCGGCAAGUUUCGCAUGGCCCAAGUGUACUCGAUGAAGAACCAAAGAGCGCGCUUCAUGGAGAUUCUUGGAGACAAAAUGGACCGGCGAUAUAUUACCAGAAAUCAGUUCCUCACUCGGGGCCACCUUGCUCCAAGAGUUGAUUUCACAUUGGGCGCUCUCCAGCGAGCUUCGUUCCAUUAUAUAAACACUGCACCUCAGUGGCUGCGAGGAAACGCCGGAGACUGGGCCGCCUUAGAAGAUGCAGUUCGCCGUCGUGCCUACAGAAAUGGAUCCCGUUUAGUUGUGUACACGGGCACUUACGGCGUGUGUACCCUCGCUGAUGCACACAAUGAACAACAGGAGUUGUUUCUAAACGUCGAUGACAACAACAAUGGCGUCGUACCCGUACCUCUUUACUAUUAUAAAUUGCGCAAUGUAGUAUCUGAGACAUGGAUAAUUACAAAUGUUAUUAUACAAUUUUGGACGGAAGUUAAAAAAUACAAAGAUGCUGGUGGUAAUAAUCCAUUUCAAGAAUUGGCAGAACUUGAUUUACAUGUUUUGGUGUUACCCCACUCGAACGUUGACAUCAAAAGGAUUUUCCGUUAG